GACGAAAAUGGAGCGGAGCAUAGCAAAUUAGCAUUUAGGGAGGUCUAGCCCCCACCAAACCCAGACGUGGACGUGGUGAAACGUGAGCACAUUCAGUCGGUCGCGUGUAGUAUAUAUAUAUAUGGGUACGUGAAUGCCAACAAGCUCACGGAAUUAGCAGAAAGCGAGUUGCAGAAACAGGGGUGGGGAGGCGGCUUGGAGUGAGAAUGGUCGGUGUCGACGACGUUGCCAUGCCAAGAAGAGAAGCGGAAGUAGGAGAUGGAGAUGGAGGUGGAGGAGAUGGAGACAGCGUGAGGGUGUGCGGGAUGCAAUUCGCGUACGAGGGGCAACCCCCGCUCUUCCUCGACUUCAACCUCUCUGUGUCUCCUGGAUCUCGUUGCCUCCUCCUCGGCGCCAAUGGAUCAGGCAAGACCACUUUACUGAAAAUUCUCGCGGGUAAGCACAUGGUCGGAGGUCAGAACGUAGUCCGUGUGCUGAAUCGCUCUGCUUUUCACGAUACUCAAUUGGUCUGCAGUGGUGACUUGGCCUAUUUGGGAGGAUCUUGGAGUAAAACCGUUGGCUCUGCUGGAGAAAUUCCACUACAGGGAGACUUCUCCGCAGAACAUAUGAUAUUUGGAGUUGAAGGGGCUGAUCCGGUGAGGAGAGAAAAGUUGAUUGAGCUGCUUGAUAUCGAUCUGCAAUGGAGAAUGCACAAGGUUUCAGAUGGGCAGCGUCGGCGUGUCCAGAUUUGCAUGGGUCUUCUUCAUCCAUUUCAGGUUCUUCUACUUGAUGAGAUUACAGUUGAUCUGGAUGUUGUCACUCGGAUGGAUUUCCUUGAUUUCUUGAGGGAAGAGUGUGAUCAGAGAGGAGCUGCAAUAGUAUAUGCUACACACAUAUUCGACGGGCUGGAGACUUGGGCGACUCAUCUUGUUUACAUCCAAGAUGGUGAAUUGAGAAGGGUGGAGAGAUUGGCAGAGGUCGAUGAUUUGAAGAGCUCGGCUAAUCUUCACUCAGUAGUCGAGGCUUGGUUGCGGUCAGAGACGAAGCGUGAGAAGAAGAAACCGGUGACUACUUUUUCCCAGCCCCAGAAAACAUCUCUAUCUGGUGCUUCUCCUUUUACAUCGUCGAGACACAUGGCUUAUUAUCGAUGAUUCCAGUGGUUAAUAUGAAGCAAGGAUAGAAGAAUGAUCUUGCAUUUAUCAUAAGGAUAUAGUUGCAUAUGUGAUGAGAAUGACAUUGCAUGUUGCGGAAAACUAUAGUUGCACUCGCACCGUUUGGUGCGUGUUGUUGAUGUUUGUAUUGCCUUUUCUCCAUGCCCGGGAAAUUUCCUAGUUUUUUAAGGCAUUUUUUUAUAUCAUAGUCGCACAAGUUCAUACAGGUUUGGGUGGGGCUGACAAUUAGUUCUACAUAUAAUAAGUAUUGAGGCAAAUUUAAGUCA